AUGAAGGGAGAUACCGCAGAGGAGUUGAGACGCAUCCACAACGCCGUUACUGCCACCGUCAACGGUCAGGAGAGCAUCGGGCGUCCAAUAAACUCCCACGGGAUGGACCUCUUCAACUUCCUGGUGACGGAGCUUUUUGAUGCACGCACACGUCUGGAGUGGGAGUCGUCCAUUUCAGACUCAUCAGAGCCAGCACAGAACGAGGCACUCGUUGACUUUAUCAGUCGGCGGAUCCUGACGCUCAAUGCCGCACGACCAAAGGGCGUCAGCAAACCGUCCGGAGAUGCUCCACGGAUCGCCAAGGCACACGUCACGAAACACCAAGGAUCUGAACCGCCGCACUGUGCACUGUGUCGCGAGAACCACACCUUGAUGGCCUGCCGAGACUUCAAGGCCAAGACAGUCAACGAGCGUAAGGCGUUCAUAGAGACAAGCAAGCGCUGCUACAAUUGCUUAGGCAACCACUUUCUAUCUCGCUGCCAGUCGAAGAAGAACUGCCUCACAUGCGACGCACGACACCACACGAUGUUGCACGGAGCACCGACGUCUUCACUGUCAGCUGAGGCCACCACACGCGCCACCACACUGACCACGACUCUGCAACAUCAGGAUCACAAGGCCGUUCUUCUGGCAACAGCUCGAGUGAACAUCGCCGAUCGGUACGGGUCCCCACACGCCGUACGCGCUCUGAUCGACCAAUGCUCUGAGGUGUCGAUCAUUUCAGAGACCUUGGCACAACGCCUUCGCCUUCCUCGAGUUUCGACGGAUCUUUCGAUCUUCGGCAUCGGAGGGACCCGCUCAGGAUCCGCUCGAGGCAAAGUAACGCUGCACGUAACGUCAGACGUGACCAACGCCGAGCUCAGCGUGGUAGCCUUUGUGCUGCCUCGCAUAUCACUGCAGCAAGGAUCAGUCUCACGAGGAGAACGCAGCUGGCCUCAUCUCAAGGGACUCCAACUGGCCGAUCCUCGUUUUUUGGACGACGACCCAGCUGAGUUACUCUUAGGAGCCGAGGUCUAUUCCUUGAUCCUCGAGGAGGGCCUCCGCAAAGGAGAUUCAAGGAUGCCGAUCGCCCAGCAAACAAGCCUGGGGUGGAUCCUCUCUGGCGGAUACGACGCCGCAUCAGUCAACGGACAUCGCCGCACAUUCCGAUGCACCGCCGAUCAUGACCUCGCCGACCUCGUUCGCCGCUUUUGGGAGCAGGAGAGCGAGCCAAUAUCUCAGGCUCCACUCACUCCUGACGAAACCAAGUGCGAGGAGCUUUACGUGCGCACCGUCACACGCACGCCCACCGGAAGAUACAUGGUGAGACUGCCUCUUGCAUCACCGCCGACGACUCUUCAAGACACUCGCCGCCCUGCGGAGCACCUCCUGAAAGCCAUGGAGUCCAAGGGCAGCCGAGACCCUCGAUUUGGCGACCUCUAUCGCAGCUUCAUGCAGGAAUACGAGGACCUGCAACAUAUGAAGAGGGUAAAUAUCGCAACAACAGCUGAGAAGAUCAGAUGCUACUUACCGCAUCACGGGGUCCUGAAGGAGGCGAGCACGACGACGAAGCUCCGAGUCGUGUUCAACGGCUCUCAACGGACACGAACUGGGAACUCGCUGAAUUCGCAUCUGCUGACUGGGGCGAAUUUGCUGCCCGCUCUCACCGACGUGCUGCUGCGAUGGCGUUGGCACCGAUAUGUCUUCGUCACAGACAUCGAGAAGAUGUAUCGCCAAAUUCUCGUACAUCCUGAGGACUGCAGCCUUCAAACGAUACUGUGGCGUCAACACCAAACGAACGAGAUCCAGGAGUACGAGCUGCUGACGGUGACCUACGGCAUGGCGUGUGCACCGUUCCUGGCCAUCCGAACGCUGCGACAACUCUGUGCGGACGAAGGGGCGCAGUUUCCUCAAGGGGCCACAGCACUUCGGCGAGAUUGCUAUGUCGACGACGUAGUCACCGGAGCGGACGACCUCGGCGAUGCCGUCAACCUCCAGACAGAGCUGCGCAAUCUCUGCAUGGCGGGCGGAUUUCCGCUGAGGAAGUGGGCUUCAAACAAUCCGGACGUCCUCAGCGGAGUCCCACAGGAGCACCGGCUGCAGCAAGGACCACAUUCUGGGACGACGAGAGCCAUUCGACCUUGGGUCUGCGAUGGCAUCCUCAAGAAGACCGGUUUGCCUUCGCCAUACAUCCUCGUGUAG